CUGUUCUACUUCCUGUGAACUGGGUGACAGAUUAGAGAAUCAACAGUGCUUGUGCACAGCGACGCCCUUCUACAGCUCGUGCUCGGUUCUCCUAUAUCAUUGGACAUCCCUCUCGACCGACAUUUCUACGACGACCAGCGACCAUCAACCAGCAGCGACGACUUGCAGUUUUUGGUACUGCAGGUUGCGUUGUUUCAACAGGAAUGAGCGAACGAGGAGGCAGCUGCAGAUGCGUCGUUUCACGAGUCACGGUUGACAAUUCCACUCUGGACUCUUUGACUCUCAAUCGAUCCUUGAUUCCUUUCAUUGAUCAACGUUGAUUGUCAAGUCGGUCAUGAUUAUGCCUCUACCCAUAUUGACUUAAAUUCAUCCUUUUUUGACUUAUUUAUCAGCCAACUUUUGGACAUCUUUCCUUGACAUCAUUGCUACCGUUCUCUUGUUUCCUCCCUCCUCCUAAGUCAGACUUCCCCGUCGCCUACGUCAUUCGCUAGACUGCUUUGAACCCCAUCCCUCCUGGAGUCCUUGGACCUCGUUUCAACAUGGGUGAUGCUUCUUCUCUGCCCCCCAGUCCCUUGGCUGAGGACUUGAGAUCGUCAAAGUCCUCCUCCUCAAUACUCCCCCUACGAAUAAUCACACACAACAUCCGCUAUGCCGCAAACCCUCCAGAAGAAUCGGAGCUUCGUUGGCCUGAAAGAUUCCCUACCUUGUCAGCACAUUUCAAGUAUCACAUUCGCCAUGACUUCUCCCCUCCAUCCACGCUCGUUGGCAUGCAAGAGGUUCUCCAAAAGCAACUCGGAGACCUUUUGAGGUGUACGUUCAACUCGUCUGCCGACCCCAAACAGAACGACUGGGACUAUAUUGGGGUUGCUCGAGAUGAUGGAAAACAAGCUGGCGAGUACUCUCCCAUCUUCUAUCGGCGAUCUGCAUGGAAGGUCUUGCACUUUGAAACGGUCUGGCUGAACGAGACGGGCGAGGUUGGAAAAAGGGGAUGGGAUGCUGCCAGCAUCCGGAUCUUGACUGUUGGAGUGCUGGAAUCCACUUUGCCGUGCUCCCGAGGCAAGACCAUUCUUGCUUUGAACACGCAUCUCGAUGACUCGGGCAAAGUGGCACGUCGAGAAGGUGCGAAGAUCAUCCGUCGAGUGGCGGCGGCGAAGCAACAUGAUUUCCCUGCCGUCAGCUUCACCUAUCUGUCUGGAGAUCUCAAUUCUCCUCCUGAAGACGAUGCGUAUAAGUUGCUCAACGCCAAACAGUCGGGAUUUUUGGAUGUGCGGCGACUCGUUUUAGACGAUGAAGUGUAUGGUGACGAACGUACGUUUACCGGGUUCCCGGAGGAUCCGAGCGCACAAGGGAAAUGGAGGAUCGACUUUGUUCACUUGGGAUACAAGGACCAAGGCGACGAUGAUGCCACGGAAAAGGAAAUGCACAGAGUCAAAAAUCUUGUUCGUGGAUAUGCAGUGCUGCCCAACCGGUUCGACAACCGUAUUUGGAUGACAGAUCAUCGUGCUGUCGUGGUUGAUCUCGUCAUCUGAGCGACACUGACAGUUGAAGCCACUUGUGCCAACAUUGUGGUGGUAUGGAGCACGAGGUCUUGAAGGAGGAGGGAUGGGCGUAUGUGGUUGUGAUGUAGACAUCUGACUAAGUAGCCUUCCUUUUGAUUCAAUUACACAGAGAAUUGAAUUUUAGAAGCAAA